AUGGCCGCCUCCACCGCCUCUUUCUCCGCCACCUUCUCCUCCCUCUCCUUCCAUCCCCACCUCCCCUCUUGCCUCUCUUCUCUCCACCCUUCCUUUGCCCCAAAACACCCCCAAAAACCCAUCUCCCUCCGCUUCAAAUUCACUUCAAUAAAUGCCAAUUCUUCAGACAUCAACACCACAUUCUUCGACACUACUGACCCUGAAGAAAUCUACACAUUCAGCCCACCAGAACGCCCCGAAGACUUCGUCCCACCACCCUCCUUUGACGAAGGCCCAUUCGAGUCAGAGGACGAGAUUGCCAAGGCCUACGAGGAAUUAUAUGGUGCUGCGUACAGUGGAGAGACUUUUCUCGGCAAUGACGUGUAUGCAAUGAACUCUAAGAUAAAGAAAACAACUGGGUUCGGGUCUAAGGCGAAGAAAGAAAAAGUGAGAGAUGGAUUUGAGGAGAGAGUUGUGCAGGUUAGGAGGGUUACUAAAGUGGUGAAGGGAGGGAAGCAAUUGCAUUUCAGGGCUGUUGUGGUGGUGGGUGAUAAACAGGGGAAUGUGGGGGUUGGAGUAGGCAAGGCUAAGGAGGUAAUUGGUGCUGUUCAAAAAUCUGCUGUUAAUGCCAGGAGGAAUAUCAUUACAGUUCCCAUGACCAAGUACAAGACUUUCCCACACAGAUCUGAGGCAGACUAUGGGGCAGCUAGGGUUAUGCUUCGACCUGCUUCACCAGGUACUGGAGUUAUUGCUGGAGGUGCUGUGAGGAUUGUUUUAGAACUGGCCGGGGUUGAAAAUGCAUUGGGGAAACAACUCGGUAGCAACAAUGCGCUCAAUAAUGCACGAGCCACGGUCGUAGCUGUGCAGAAAAUGAGGCAAUUCAGUGAAGUGGCUGAGGAGCGUGGCAUCCCAAUGGAAGAACUUUGGAAGUGA